AUGCUCAAGUACGCAUUUGUUGCCUUUGCGGCAUUUGCUGCAUGUGAAGCUAUAUUCUUUGGCGGCGGCGGAGGAGGAGGAGGAGGAUGCUGCCCUCCCCCAGCUCCAGCUCCAUGCUGUCCACCUCCAGCUCCCCCACCAGCUCCAUGCUGUCCACCUCCUCCUUCACCUUGCGGAGGUGGCGGCGGAGGAUGCGGCGGAGGCGGUGGCGGCGGAUGCGGCGGUGGAGGAGGUGGCGGCGGAUGCGGAGGAGGAGGAGGAGGCGGCGGCGGUUACGCAGCUCCUCCGAUGCUUCCUCCACUACCACCACUACCACCUCCACCUCCACCACCACCACCUCCACCACCAUCAGGAGGUGGUUACGCUGGUGGUGGCGGCGGCGGCUCAUACGGUGGCAUCGGCGGAGGAUAUAGCGGAGGUGGCGGAUCCAUCGGAGGAGGUUCAUACGCUGGAGGUGGCGGCGGCGGAGGAGGAGGAGGCGGAGGCUCAUACGCAGGAGGUGGCGGACCCAUCGGAGGAGGUGGACCCAUCGGAGGAGGAUCAUACGCUGGAGGUGGCGGCGGCGGAGGAGGAGGAGGAGGAGGCUCAUACGCAGGAGGUGGCGGACCCAUCGGAGGAGGCGGACCCAUCGGAGGAGGAUCAUACGCUGGAGGUGGCGGCGGCGGUGGCGGAGGAGGAGGAGGAGGCUCAUACAGUGGCGGCGGCGGACAAGUUGGAGGAGGUUCAUACAGCGGAGGUGGCGGACCAUCAGGAGGAGGCUCAUACAGCGCAGGCGGAGGAGCUGCACCAAUCGGCGGUGACGGAGGUGCACCAAUUGGCGGCGACGGAGGAGCACCAAUCAGCGCACCCUCAGGCGGUUCAUACAGCGGCGGAGGUGGAACAGGCGGUGGAGGAGCUUCAUACAGCGCCGGAGGAGCUGCACCAGGCGGUGACGGAGGAUCAUCUGGUGGAGGCUCCAGCUACGCCGAGAAGGGAAGAAAACAUUAG